CGCCAACACCGAUCCUCAGCGCAUCUUAGUGGCCUGCCGCUGUGCAGUCGCUCGCCGCUGUCCUCCACCACUCCGCCGCCUUAAUCAGCCAGCAGCCAAGCAGCACCAGACCGCCACCGCAUCGCUGCGGCUGGUCCGCCACCUGACGAAUACAAAGAGAAGGAGAGGAGCCGUUGGAGCGACCGAUGGCGGUGUUUCUCGCCGCCUGGCGGCUGUCUGGCGUGUUCGCGGCUGCCCGCACCCUCCAGACGGCAGAUGCAGUGUUGGUCAGCACUUCUAGUUUCUUUGUCUCGGCGAGAAUUCUUCCAAGCUCGCAAACAAUUUCAGCGCAAAGAGGGCAGCCAGGCACAGCAAAGGAUGACAAUGUGUGUGGUUGGCCUCUGUGUGUGCAGGGAGGGACCUGUCGAAGAAAAAAUCGGUUCGUUAGGCGGUUUCUGAAGGAGGUCUUUGGGCGCGUGCGCAGCAUUGCAGAGGUCACGAGGACCGAAGGAUGGCCUCGUUCAGGUACAGAGGAUCCACGAACCAUCACACUGAACAUCCAUUGGGCCGCUUGCGGGCUUGGUUCAGGCGACCUCGUCGGCCCCCAAAUUGCGAGCGAGUGACCACCACAACACAUUGCUUCGUCCUCUGUUCUUCUCCACCCUUAUCGUUGCCAAUCGUCUGUAGCAGGCUUUCGUCUCU